AUGCUUUUCGCUCUUCUAGCCCUUUCGUGCUGCGCUGUUGUCACUUCACUUUCCGGCGAAGAUGCCCUGGAAAAGUGGGGUGGACCUAGGGGUGGAGGUAAGGUUUCCCACGGGGGUAACAAUAUCGGUAAUGGGGAUGGUGGUGGGAUUAAAAUUGAUACGGGGGGUGGCGAUAUUGGAGACAUCGGGGUUGGGGUUGGGGGUGGUGGUGGUUGCGACCCGGCCGCUUGUGACGCCAAGUGCCUUGAUGGAUCGACUUGCUCAUCAGGCGCCUGCAUAUGCACAAGUUUCCAGGGCUUCCAAGCGCAAGCUACAUUCCCCGUGGGUUCCAGGCCAUUUGAUGUUGCAGUGGGUGAUUUCAAUGGAGAUGGCUAUCUCGAUACCGUAACUACGAAUAAUGGCGGCAGUACCGUGAGCGUCUUGCUUGGGACUGGAUCGGGGAGCUUCCAGCCGCAGGUCACAUUUGGCGUGGGGUCCAAUCCGGUUGGUGUUGCAGUGGGCGACUUUAAUGGAGAUGGCGCUCUCGAUAUUGUGGCUGCGGACGCCGGCGGCAAUACAGCGAGCGUCUUGCUCGGGACUGGAUCGGGGAGCUUCCAGCCGCAGGCCACGUUCGGCGUGGGGCCCAAUCCAUAUGGUGUUGCAGUGGGCGACUUCAACGGAGAUGGCGCUCUCGAUAUUGUGAUUGCAAAUGCCGGCGGCAAUACAGUGAGUGUCUUGCUUGGGACUGGAUCUGGAAGCUUCCAGCCGCAGGUCGCAUUUGACGUGGGAUCCUUUCCCGUUCGUGUUGCAGUGGGCGACUUCAACGGAGAUGGCUCUUUAGAUAUCGUGGCUACGAAUAAUGGCGGCAAUACCGUGAGCGUCCUACUUGGGACUGGAUCAGGGAGCUUCCAGCCGCAGGUCACAUUCGGCGUGGGAUCCUUUCCGUACGGUGUUGCAGUGGGCGACUUCAACGGAGAUGGCUCUUUGGAUAUCGUGGCUACGAAUAAUGGCGGCAGUACCGUGAGCGUCUUGCUUGGGACUGGAUCGGGGAGCUUCCAGCCGCAGGUCACAUUUGGCGUGGGGUCCAAUCCGGUUGGUGUUACAGUGGGCAACUUCAAUGGAGAUGGCUAUCUCGAUAUCGUGGCUGCGGACGCCGGCGGCAAUACAGUGAGCGUCUUGCUCGGGACUGGAUCGGGAAGCUUCCAGCCGCAGGUCACAUUUGGCGUGGGGUCCAAUUCGGUUGGUGUUGCAGUGGGCAACUUCAAUGGAGAUAGCUAUCUAGAUAUUGUGGCUGCGGAUGUCGGUGGCAACACAGUGAGCGUCUUACUCGGGAAGCCUUGCGCCCCUUAG